AUGGCCUUAAAAUUGGAAAAAGUACCAGAAAGUAUUGAUUUUCCCAAGGAAGAGGAAAAUAUUCUUAGGUUUUGGAAAGACAUCGAUGUGUUUCACAGCUGUCUAAAACAGUCAAAAAAUAAACCUAGGUUUUCAUUCUAUGAUGGGCCCCCUUUUGCCACGGGUCUUCCACAUUAUGGCCACAUCCUGGCAGGUACUAUCAAGGAUGUUGUCACACGAUAUGCACACCAACAGGGAUAUCAUGUAGAAAGGCGUUUUGGUUGGGACUGUCAUGGUUUACCUGUGGAAUUUGAAAUUGAUAAGACUUUGGGUAUUAAAGGACCAGAAGAUGUUGAGAAAAUGGGUAUUGCCAAUUAUAAUGCAGAGUGCCGUAAGAUCGUUAUGAAGUAUGCUGGUGAAUGGGAAAUGAUUAUCACACGAAUGGGGCGUUGGAUUGAUUUCAAGAAUGAUUAUAAAACUCUCUAUCCAUGGUACAUGGAGUCUAUUUGGUGGGUAUUCAAAGAACUCUAUAACAAAGGCUUGGUUUACCAAGGAGUUAAGGUGAUGCCUUUUUCCACUGCUUGUGCAACACCACUCUCCAAUUUCGAAUCUGGACAGAACUACAAAGACAUUGUUGAUCCUGCUGUUGUUGUAUCAUUCCCUACUUCAAAUGGUUUUUCAAUUCUUGCAUGGACCACUACACCAUGGACAUUGCCUAGUAACAUAGCUCUUUGUGUUAAUCCUAAAUUGGUUUAUUUAAAAUUAAAGGAAAAAUCAACUGGAACUUGCUAUGUUCUCCAAGAAGCGAGAUUUCCUGUUAUUUUUAAAAAUGUUGAAGAUUUUGAAGUCCUUGAAAAAUUUACUGGUGACAAACUAAAAGGGAUCAAAUACACACCCAUUUUUGAUUACUUUGUUGAACAGUGUCCUAACGCAUUUCAGGUAUUAGCUGACAGUUACGUCACAGAUGAUUCUGGUACUGGCAUUGUGCAUCAAGCACCAUACUUUGGUGAGGAUGAUUUUAGGGUUUGCCUUGCCGCUGGAAUUAUAACAAGGGAUCAGGAAAUUAUUUGCCCUGUUGACUCAAGCGGCAGGUUUACACUUCCAGUUAAAGACUUUUUAGGACAAUAUGUCAAAGAUGCUGACAAAAACAUUAUUGCCAAUUUAAAGGCUCGUAAUCGACUUCUUCAAGUUGGAACAAUUAAGCACAGUUAUCCGUUUUGUUGGCGAUCUGAAACACCUCUUAUUUAUAAAGCAGUGCCAUCUUGGUUUGUUCGUGUUGAACAACUGACUGAAGGCCUUUUGAAAUCAUGCGAAGAGACAUACUGGGUUCCAGAGUACGUUAAAGAAAAAAGAUUUAAGAAUUGGUUAAAAGACGCCCGUGACUGGGCUAUAAGCCGCAAUAGGUACUGGGGCACACCAAUUCCUUUGUGGAUUUCUGAAGAUCGACAAGAGGUAGUGUGUAUUGGCAGCAUUGCUGAGUUAGAAGCUUUAACAGGUGCAGAGGUUAAAGAUUUACAUAGAGAAAGCAUUGACCAUUUACAAAUUCCAUCGUCCAGACCCGGACACCCUCCAUUGAAAAGAGUAUCUGAAGUAUUUGAUUGUUGGUUUGAAUCAGGUUCUAUGCCAUAUGCCCAAAAUCAUUACCCAUUCGAAAAUAAAAAAGAGUUUGAAGAUAUUUUCCCCGCGAACUUUAUUGCUGAGGGAAUCGAUCAAACUAGGGGCUGGUUUUAUACUCUUAUCGUUUUAUCAACAGCAUUAUUUCAAAAGCCACCAUUUAAAAAUUUAAUUGCAAAUGGGUUAGUUUUAGCCAGUGACGGUCAGAAAAUGUCAAAAAGAAAGAAGAACUACCCUGAUCCUUUAGAAGUAGUUAAAAAAUACGGUGCCGAUGCUUUGAGACUAUAUCUUGUAAAUUCUCCAGUAGUAAAAGCGGAAAAUCUUCGUUUUAAAGAAGAAGGUGUUAGAGAUAUCAUAAAGGAUGUAUUUUUACCGUGGUAUAACGCUUUUAGAUUCCUUAUGCAAAAUGUAGACAGAAUUGUCCAAGAAGAUAAGAUUGAUUACAAAUUUAAUGAUAAGGCAGUAAGAGACAACGUCAUGGACAAAUGGGUCACUUCGUUCACGCAAUCUCUCAUUAAUUUCGUAAAGAAAGAAAUGGCGGCAUAUAGGUUGUAUACAGUUGUUCCGAAGCUGACGAAGUUUAUUGACCAUUUAACCAAUUGGUACGUGAGAAUGAAUAGAAAAAGGCUAAAGGCAGAAAACGGCGUCAAAGACUGUCAGGUGGCUUUAGAUACGCUAUUUGGUGUAUUAUUUGAUAUGAUUAGAGUGAUGUCACCAUUUACCCCUUUCCUUACAGAAUUUAUGUAUAAGACAUUACGACGACUUUUACCCGGGUCAUCACUGGAGAGUGUACAUUUUAACAUGAUACCCGAAGCCAAACUAGAAUUAGUAGAUACUAAUAUAGAAAGGGCUGUUCAAAGAAUGCAGACAGUAAUUGAGUUAGGAAGAGUACUGAGAGAUAGGAAAACUAUACCGAUAAAAUAUCCUUUGCCAGAAAUGACCAUCAUCCAUCAGGAUUCGACCUAUUUGGAUGAUGUAAAAUCUUUGGAAAAGUAUGUUUUAGAAGAGAUGAAUAUAAAGAAAUUACAUUUAACAAGUGAUAAAGAGAAGUAUGGCAUAAAACUUAGGGCGGAACCAGAUCAUAAAAUUCUCGGAGCGCGACUUAAAGGCGAUUUUAAAGCUGUCACACAAGGCUUGAAAAGUUUAACUAAUGAACAAUGUGAAACGUUAAUAGCUAAUGGAUUUGUAGAAAUAGUUGGCCAACGUAUUGAUGUAUCUGAAGUCAGGAUUAUAUUCCAGGCUGAAGGCAACGAUAAAUAUGAAACGCAUAGUGAUAACGAUGUACUAAUUUUGCUUAAUGUUACACCUGAUCAAGAUAUGCUUGAUGAAGGUUUUUCUAGAGAAAUCGUAAAUAGAGUUCAAAAGUUACGAAAGAAAGCCCAUUUAGUGCCUACUGACGAAGUAAAUGUUUACUUUUCUGUGAAUAAGUCGAGUGAUAUAUUGCGUAUAAUAAAUUCCCACCGCGAGUUUAUUGAGUCUACAGUUAAAGCGCCAUUAAUAACUAUUGAAGAAAUAAAACCAUAUUUACCGGUAAUUAUUGAAGAAACUCAAGAACUAAAAGGUUCAUCUUUAAAAUUAGUAAUCACCUGGCGGAAGGAAGUGGAGGUGCCUGCAAAUCCGUGGGCUAAUAUAAUUUUACAGGGCAUUAAGCCUCGGUUAGGGGUGACGAACAGUCAAGCUAGUGUAAUACUGAAGGACAAAACAAAUAAGUUCAUUAGCCUGAGUCAACUUUAUGAUGAAGUGACUGUUCUCUUUGGCUUGUACGGUAUCAAAUUUACUUUGUGGAACAAUGGCAGUGAAAUAAAAGAUACUAGUACAUUGAAUGCUAAAACAAUUAUAGUUUCAGCAACAAAACCAAAAGAUUGCCAGAGUCACACAACGCCGUACUGCAAAUUUGUUAACGUUGCUAAUGGAACUAAAUCAGUAACGUGGUUUUUAGAAAAUCCGGUGGGCAAAAAAACUUUGAAUCAAAACGAUGCAUUAAAGUUCAUUACAAAUUACUUGGGAAUUAAAUCCGGCGAUGUGGAUAAGAAGCUGUUUAAAUAA